AUGUGUGCGAUUGAGAAGAUCACAUCGAAAACCAAGAAAAUAAAAGUAAAACAAGAGGCUGGAAAACUCGUUGACUCGGCUCAUCAACCCGAUUCUGAUGAGUAUGAAGAAGUUCGAGUGUGGAAUCCCACUGUGGCCAAUCUAACACUAAUGGCCUUGGGCAGUUCAGCGCCAGAGAUUCUUCUCUCGUGCAUCGAGAUUGUCGGGAACAACUUUCAUGCAGGAGACUUGGGACCGGGAACGAUCGUUGGAUCUGCUGCUUUCAAUCUCUUCUGCAUCUCAGCCAUUUGUGUCUUGGCCGUCGGGAACAAAACAAAGAGAAUCGCGAUGUUUAAAGUGUUUUGUGUGACGGCUUUCUUUGGAACAUUUGCCUAUAUUUGGCUGCUAAUCAUCUUAUCCUGGAUCACCCCGAAUGUUGUCGAUGUUUGGGAGGCUUUCCUCACUCUUUUCUUCUUUGUCAUUCUCGUUGCUGCCUCUUAUUCAGCUGAUAUCGAGAUUUGGAAUAAGAACAAGAAAGCGAAUUUGGAGACGGAAUUGCAAGACAUCGAGGACGUUCAACCAAAGAAAGCGUCUCAGAAGUUGGAUGUUGAGAUCAAGAAUGUCGCGAGGAGAUUGAGUGUCUGUGAUGGAGAGUCAGUUAUGGACGCACUGCCAACUCCCGACACAGAGGAUGUGAGAAAAAUGGCGAGAGAUGUGGCUAAAGUGUAUCCAGCGCUCGAAGCCGAGGAUCAGGCAAAAAUCCUCGCGUAUCGACUCAACAAGAACAAGGUUCACGAUCGUCUUUACUAUCGUAUUCGAGCAAUUCGUGAGAUGACGUCAUCUUGGAAGAAAAGCGAUUCGGAAAAAGAGGUUGAGGAAAUCGAAGAGAAACAGAAAACGGCUCCGGAUGCAGCUGUGCAGGCUCUCAAGCAACGCGUCGAGUUCUCGGCUCGGGUUUACGCGGUGCAACAAGGUGACAAGAGAGUGAAGUUGACUGUGGAACGUCGUGGAAUCUCAGACAAAGCGCUAACCAUCAACUACAGUACUGUUGACGGGAUUGCGAAGAAAGAUCUACACUAUUUGCCAAAAAUUGAAAACAUUCGUUUUGCUGAGCACGAGACAACAAAAGAGAUCACGAUUGAUCUGGUAGAUGGAGCUGAUUGGAGACCGAACACCGUUUUCUAUGUUCAUCUCAAGAUUGUUGAACAAGAAGACGGUGACAAGACAAAACUUGGCGAGUGCAAUGUGGCUCGAGUGCGUUGUCCGGAUGAAUCGAACUCGUUCACUGGGGUGCCCAACGUCGAGUUUGUUAAGAGCAACUAUGUUUGCAAAGAGAACUGUGGCUGGGUUCGUGUCUUUGUCUCGAGAAGAGGAAAAACCAAAUCCCCACACGAUUUGGGCGUCCGUUUUGAGACAGAGGACAUCACGGCAAAUGCUCAGUCGGAUUACGCGCCACACAAGAAUGCAAGUUUGCAGUUUAGAGGUCAGGAGUAUGAGAAAUAUAUUGAUAUCGAGGUGUUCGAUGACAAAGAAGAUGAAAAAGAUGAAACGUUUUCGGUGGAAUUGCUUGGAACCGAUGAUAGAGAAACAACGAUCGGCUCAAAGAAGCGAACAAUCGUCACAAUUAUUUCUGACGAUAAUGUCCUGAAAAACAUAACGAAUACAAGGAAAUUAGUCGGAUAUUAUUUGAAGAGGAUGACACCAGGACAGGCAACCUGGAAAGAGCAAAUCGUGAACGCGGCUUCGGUCAACUCUGGCGAUGUGGCCAAUGCAACAGUGAUGGACUGUUUGAUGCAUGGAUUGGCUUUCCCAUGGAAGUUCUGUUUCGCUUUCAUCCCACCACCCACUUUUGCCAGUGGUUGGUUGUGCUUCGUUGUCGCGCUGAUCGUCAUUGGAUUUGUGACCGCUGUCGUAGGUGACGUGGCUUCAAUCUUUGGCUGCAUGGUCGGAAUCCCGGAUGCAGUGACAGCUAUCACUCUUGUCGCUUUGGGAACUUCUCUGCCGGAUACAUUUGCAAGCAAGAUUGCUGCUCAAAAUGAUGACUCAGCCGACAAUGCAGUUGGAAAUGUGACUGGCUCAAACUCGGUGAAUGUUUUUCUCGGAUUGGGUUUGCCGUGGUUGAUCGCUUCAAUCUAUUGGUGCAACAAGGGGAAACCAUUUGUCGUUCAGGCUGGCGAUCUAGGAUUCAGUGUCGCCGUGUUCACCUUCUUCUCGAUAAUCUUCUUGGUGGUGUUGGUCGCGCGAAGAAUGUUGGAUUAUUUCGGUCGUGGCGAGUUGGGCGGGCCAACUGUGCCAAGGAUCGCUUCUGGCGUUUUCUUCGUCCUUUUAUGGAUCGCCUACAUUGCGCUCUCGAUUUGGCAAACUCAAUCACAU